ACGCCAUUUAUUUCUACGAUUGUUAUGUUAGUGAAAUUUCGUAUAAAUUUGAAUAAGAUGGUUAAGGCAAAUGUAUUAUUGGGCGUGAUUUUCGUGGUGCAAGUGAUGGUUGGCUUUCCUUUCAACGCGAAGGGGUUGAGCAUGAAUUACUACAUCAUGAAUUGCCCUUUCGCCGAACAGAUUGUGAGGAACACUGUCGACAGCGCACUCCAAAAGGACCCAACUCUCGCCGCCGGUCUUGUCCGUAUGUUCUUCCACGACUGUUUCAUCGAGGGAUGCGACGCGUCGAUUCUGCUGGAUUCCACGAAAGACAACACAGCAGAGAAGGAUUCGCCUGCGAACCUCUCUCUGCGGGGCUAUGAGAUCAUAGACGACGCGAAAGAGGAGAUCGAGAAUCAGUGCCCUGGAGUUGUCUCUUGUUCCGACAUUGUCGCUAUGGCUGCAAGAGAUGCUGUCUUUUGGACCGGCGGUCCAGUUUACGACAUGCCGAUGGGAAGAAAGGAUGGAAGAAGGUCUAAAAUCGAAGACACAAGAAAUCUGCCGUCGCCGUUCUUGAACGCCUCUCAACUCAUCCAGACUUUUGGUCAGCGUGGCUUCUCUGUGCAGGAUCUUGUCGCUCUAUCUGGGGCACAUACCCUAGGAGCUGCACGAUGCUCCUCCUUCAAGCCAAGAUUAGCCAACACAGAUUCCACCAUGGACUCCGAAUUCGCCAAGACAUUGUCUAGGACAUGUAAUGCGGGAGACAACGCCGAGCAGCCUUUCGACGACACGCGCAAUGAUUUCGACAGCCUCUACUUCAACGCGCUCCAAAGGAAAUCCGGGGUCCUGUUUUCGGACCAAACCCUGUACAACAGCCCGAGAACGCGGAACAUCGUCAACGGUUAUUCCUUCAACCAAGCCAGGUUUUUCUUUGAUUUCCAACAGGCCAUGGUGAAGAUGAGCAUGCUUGAUGUGAAAGACGGCUCUCAGGGUGAAAUCCGUCAGAAUUGUCGUAGGAUUAACUAGGUUAUUACGUGCGUAUUUAAGAGUGUUUGUAUAAGAUUUUCUGUUUAGUGUCUGCAUGUAAACUUUCAUUGUACGUACCAAUGGUGGAACUUAAUUAAUGUCAUGGAGUGUUGUCUAGUACAAGUACUCUUCAGACC